AUGGAUGCCCCUCAAUACGUCUUCGGUGCCCAGAGCUUCGGCGCCACCUGGGUCAGUGGUAACAUUGACCAGCUCAUGGUGGCCCUCAAAGAUGCCGGCAUUCAGCGUUUUGACACUGCUGCCCUUUAUCCAGCUACCAAUCCUGGCGUUUCGGAGAAGCUCCUCGGCGAAAAGAAGCCCGAGAAUGCUAUUAUCGACACCAAGAUUAUGUUCAUCGGAGAUGGUUCACUCUCCAUGAAGAACAUUGGCAAAUCGAUCAAUGAUAGCCUGGACCGACUCAAGGUCAAGAAGAUCCACACUCUCUACGCUCACGCCCCGGACCGCACAGUCCCCAUCGCCGAGCAAGCGGCCUACUUCGACCACUAUUAUCGACUGGGCCUUUUCGAAAAUCUUGGCUUGUCCAACUACACCCCAGCUAUGGUUCGAGCGUGGAUGGAAGUCGCCGUGGAGGAAGACUUCGUCAUGCCGUCUGUCUACCAGGGCCAAUACAAUGUCGUCUGCCGCGGCUACGAAGACGCGCUGUUCCCUGUCCUCCGUGAAUUCGGGAUAGCAUUCAAGGCUACCUCGCCCUUGGCUGGUGGCUUCCUCACUGGCAAGCUAUCCUACCAUCCGACAGUUCAAAGCUUGGAGGGGACCCGCUUCGAGGUUGGAGAGGGAAACAUGGUGGGCGCACUUUACCGCAUGUGGUACGACCAGCCUGCAUUCCACGAUGCCAUGCGUGAGCUGGAUAACAUGGCCAAGGAGCAUGAUUCUACUGGGGCUCAGUUUGCUCUGCGCUGGUUGCUCUUCCACUCUCAGUUGAAGAGCCUUGAUGAAGUCGUGAUUGGCCCGAGCCACUUCGAGCAGCUUCAGUGCUAUCUCGAUGCCCGUAAGGCUGGCCCGCUGCCCGAUAACAACGCAGAGAAGGUUAAUCUGCUGUUCCCAGCACUGCGGGGCCUUUCAAAGUCUAUCAUUGAGAAGGGAUGGUGGUCUCUGUGA